AUGAGUAGUAGCAGAAUGGAUACCCCCAAAGAUUUGUCUGAAAUGACUGACAGUGAUUUUUCUAACUUUGACGAUAAAACGGAUGAAAAAAAUGAGCUAAGUGAACAAAAUGAAAAACAAGAAGAAGAAAAAAAAAAUAAUAAGAAAGUGUCAUUAAAAAAGUCAAAGAAAAAGUCAUCCAUAUCUUCAAAAAGUAGCCAAAAAAAUAAUAAAAAAGUAAUUCAAAAUAAAGCAAAAAAAAAAUCACAUGCCCCACCGGCUCAUCCGCCUCCACCUAGUCGGCCUCCUCCUCCACCACCACCUCCAUUUAUUCCAAAAGAAAAACAACAAAAUUGGAAAUUAAAAAAAAAAACAAACAAUAAUGAGAUUAAUAAUGAUCUAGUUUCAAUAAACAAUUCUGUAGGCAAUAUUAAUAACCCACAUUAUAGAACUAGCGAACCAUAUAUUUAUAAUAAAAGUUUAAGUAUUGGCCCACCUCAUGGUCCGACUCCUCCAUACCCUUCAAAUAUUUAUAAUCAUACUUCGAGCAUAAAUUCACCACCAUGUGCAAACACAAAUGUAAAGGUAAAUCUACAAACAAAUCCUAACUAUAAUAAUAGUUUUAAAAAAAAUUAUAAAAUAAAUAGUGCCCCAGAGCCUGAACCAUAUAUCACAGCAUCACCAACAUUAAUACCAGCACCGGGACAGCAACCAAAUACUCCAAUGAAUAUACAAGUUGAGAGGAAACAUACACUUAUAUCUAAUAAUUCAAUAAAUCAAAAUAAAGACUAUCCAUAUAUGGAUAUGCAACAUAAUAAUACUAAUUUUUCAUUCUCACCAAACAUAAAACAACCAUAUCAAAAUAUGUCAAUUCCACCGAAUCCUAACUAUUAUCCUGUCAAUCCACCACCAAAUCAUUUACGACCAACUGAUUAUAUAGAAGAUAAAAUGUACUAUCCAAACUAUCAAACUAAUAUUGAUCAUAAUAAUACUCCUAAGUAUUACCCACCAGGUGUAAAUACCUGGAAUGGCGCCGCGCCGCCUCCUAUCCCAAACAGCCCAUAUCAAGGAAGCCCAAAAUAUCCAGCACAUGAUCACAACCCAGACAAAAUGAGCUAUAAGGAUAAGCCAAUCAGAAUUGGCAGUGGCCCCUAUGAUGCAAAACCACAUAAUAUAAUCAUUACAAAUAUACCCAGAAAUUUAACAUCAAGAGAUCUUAUGGAAACAUUUAAAUGCAUGGGAAAUGUUUUAGGAGCAGGAAUUAUGAUGACUAGCAAGGGGGAACAUUCAGGGUGUGCUUAUGUGACAUUCCCAAAUAUCGAAAUCGCGGCAUUGGCAGCAAGUCGAUAUGAUGGAGGGACAUUGAAUAAUCAGAAAAUAAAAGUUUUUAUAGAAUAA